UGCGAAAUGGAAGACCAUUGUCUCGUAAUAGCAGGGGAGUGGGUGUGCGGCGAAAACGCGAAAUGGGAUUUUGUCGUUGACAAGCAAUGGAUGUCUAGAAUUCUUCCAAUGAGAGAGAGUAUGAAAAUUGUUGAUUUGAAAGCAGAGGUUUUGAAGGAGUUUAUCGAUGGCGCAUUGUCUGGGGAGACCGUUAUUCUCAGCUACUGGCCGCCAAACACGAACGAGCUGGCGACAGGGAUCAAGACACCACUGGUUGUGGUCAGUAAUGAGGGGAGAAUUAGUUUUUUUUUUAAACAUUUCAGAGUGAAUGAGUCUAUGAACCUUUUUGCCACAUUCUCGAAAGGGUAUAUUCCAUCGGGUACAGUAGGAUACAUAACCCCAAUACCCUCCUCUAUGAGAUUAGGUUCAACAGAGCUAAGUGCUUUGCGAAUGAAGUCUGUUUCGUUUGCUUCUGGAGCAAACAGCAGACCUUGUUUCGCCGUAGUGGAGAGCGUUGUACCUAGCAGCAAAACAUUCGUUGAGACUGAUAGUGCGUCCUUCACCAAUUUGAAGCGGCAGACAAUUUUUAGUUCAGUUAGUGGAGGUUUGUCGAGCAGUUUUCCUUUCAAUAUAAACGCUUUAGAUGUGGACAGCGUAGCGGAGUUGCGUUCUGGCGAUGUUAGCGAUUUCCCGUACGAGUUGAGCGAUGCUGACAUUAUAAAUGAAGUGGAGUCGGUGGAAAAUCGGUUACAUAACAGUAGGAACUCAUCAAGUGAAGGUACAAAUGAGUUUGAUGAAGAUGAUUACUGCGGUGUCCUGGACGACGACGAGGAUGUUGUAUCCGUUGGUUAUGAUAAUGAGUUCUGGGAACCGUUGAUCGAUGAGGCACUCGGUGGAUCUGAUGCCGUCGAGUUUAUGCGUCCAACGGUAGAUGGGUUUGACGGGAAAGCAGCUUCGGUUGGGCUUAUGUGCGAUGUUUUGGGCGUAGCAGAGGGUGAUGGAAAUCGUUGCAGUGGACAUGUUAGUGGUGAUGUGGUUAGCAAAUGGACGACGGGUGGUGGACAUGUUGAAGGAGAGCAUUGGUCAGCGUCAAGUGGUCGAGUAAAUGAAGUGGCGGAUAGCCUCGGUUUGGCUGCGAGCUCGCUGGUGGGUGUAGCGUACCGCCCAACGACGUGGAGGGAGACGUAUGAAGGCAUUAUUAACCCUGUGGGGAAACCGGAAGAUAUGGAGGUACCAGCGGAGGUGAGUGAAAUGGUGCUUCUGCCACCACGACGGAGGAAGGGUUCUGGUAAGCGUAAAACUACAGGCAUUCCAUCCGUUGGAGAAAUGCCAAUUACUCGGGUGAAGAAAGACAAACCAAAAUAG